AUGGUGGGCACAGGUGGUCCAGUGGCCACUUUCUCUGUGUGGGACUAUGUCGUAUUUGCUGGAACUAUCAUAGCUGCUGCAGGCAUCGGCCUUUUCCAGGCUAUCAGAGGUCGAAAGGAGACCAGCAGUGCAGAGUUCUUGUUGGGUGGACGGCAAAUGACAGCUGUGCCAGUCGCCAUGUCACUUACCGCGAGCUUCAUGUCUGGAAUCACAGUCAUUGGUACACCGGCUGAGGCUUACCGGUUUGGAGCUGCGUUCUGGCUCUUCGGCUUCUCCUAUGCCAUCAUGUCAACCAUCACUGCAGAGAUCUUCGUCCCGCUCUUCUACAGAUUGGCCAUCACCAGUGCCUAUGAGGUAUGGAGACGUCAGAUUCAUUUCAGUGUAUUAACUGAAUAUUGGCUGAUCAGAGCAAAAACUAAAAAUGUAAAAAUCAAGACUGCAAACAUGUUAAACCAGAAGGCUACAGCAUUAAUGAACAAAGGUUCAUGGUGAUAAAAGGUUGUCCAGAUUCCAGCAGCUACAAAGGUGUUCCUUUAAAACGUGAGGGAAGUCUAAAGUCCAAAAUAGAGAAACACGCCCGAAAAACUAAGUUUUAUUGAUUUGUUUUGUCAUCUUUUUGAUCAUGUCUUAAAUGUCUCUUUUAUUUCUAGUACCUGGAGUUGCGCUUCAGCCGGCCUAUUCGAAUAAUUGGAACAACAAUGUACAUCGUGCAAACGGUAACUAACACGUGCUCCUUCCAAACUGAUUUAGUAAAUACGUACAAUAAUCAUACAGUAUGGAAAGACUUCAUAUUAACAUAGUAAAGACGCAAGAGAACCUCCUCAUCCUUUUUGACUUCAUGCAACAUCAUGUCAUUGUCCAAAAAGAUGAAUAUGAAUCACACCGCUGUUUAUUUUUCCACAUGUAAUUAACUAAUGGUGACUCCUUUGCUCAGGCUCUGUACACCGGCUUGGUUAUCUACGCACCAGCUCUUGCACUAAAUCAGAGUAAGUUCAGAUGAGUCGUUAUAAAUUUGAUUAAAAAAAGUUAUUUUGUACAGUGUUAUCAUGAUCCUGAAGCACUUCUGUUCAUUGUGAAUUAUGGGGGUGUGUUUAUUCAAGCCUUUCUUGACUAUAACUUCAUAAACUCCGAGUUCAUCUCAGUGACAAAGUGUUCUGUUUUAUCUGUUUACAUUUAUCUUUGCUUUUGUUCCGAUAACAGAGUUUGUGAACUGCUGAUAGAGUUGUUCAGAGAUACGCCUUUCUUUCUGUCUUUAAUGUUAAUCUUCAGAUAAAUAACAGACGUCAGGGAUGAUUUGACAAAGACUAACUAAACCUUCACAUUUCUUUGGCUCAGCUGGUUUAUUUUGAUAUCUGAGAAUCAUGGCAUCUGAAUCAUUUUGUGUGUUAUACAGUCACAGGACUUGAUCUGUGGGGAGUGCUGGUGGCUACAGGAGCAGUGUGCAUCCUCUAUUGCACUUUGGUAAGUGCAGAGGACGUCCAAAAGCAAGAUAUGUAACUGUAUAAUCAACAGAUCAAACAAUAAACAAUAAGGGCAAAAUGUGCACAAGCUGACUGAAAUCCUAAAGGCUUUAAUGCCCAAUUUACAUGUUAAGUGUUCCUAUUUUUUUAUUUACGAGACUGUGAUAAAGACAAAUGUCUGAUCUGAACUCUCGUGCAAUAAGAUGGAUUUUAACAAACAUAACUGGAAAUGAUAAAGUAGCUCCUUCCAUCGAUUUGGUUUCAGGGCGGUCUGAAAGCGGUGAUCUGGACUGACGUGAUGCAGAUGGUGAUCAUGUUGGCGGGCUUUGUGGCUGUGAUCGCUCGAGGAGCUGUACUACAGGGAGGCCUGACCAACAUCUGGGAAGAUGCACGUCAAGGAGGAAGACUUGAGGCGUUUGAGUGAGUACACGAACGGGUUGGUGUUAGCAGGGAUUGGAUGGAAGUCGUGUUAGAGGAGGGAGAGGCUUCCUGAGUCAGAGCAAUUAGUCUGAAGAUACAUUUCCCACACCUUUGGAUAUUCACACGGCAGCUGUUCCGCUUUGAUAUCGAUCUUAGAGGGAAUGCUGUUCUGCCUUCUUCAACCUUGACAGUAUUCAAGGUUUUAAACUGCAUCAAGAAAGCCAGUCUAAAAAAACCUUUCUAAUUUAAAAAGCAAUGAUUUAAUAAAAUUAUGGGGAAACUAUGGGAUGAACUAUGAGGUACAUUUAACGUAAAAAUCACAUCCCUUAUAGUGUUACUUCAACUGCAUUUAAAAGACUCCAUUUUGAUGAAUAACUCUAAAGUCAGCUGAUGAAUUUUCCCCUCUUCUCUCAAAGACAGUGAACUGUGUUUGUGUCGUUCUGGGUGUGGUGCUACUGUACCUGUAUGUCUCACUUUUCUGUGGUUGAAUGUGGAGCCUCCCAGAUCAGGAAGGCCAUUUAGAUCAAAGAUUAGCUUAGAUGCAACUUGAUUGAUCCUUUAUGGAUGGAUAAAUCAAUAAAUAGUUUAAAGUGUUUGCUCUGUUUACUGAACAGAACAUGUAAAUUCACCACCCAACCGGAGAAAACAUGCUGAGUCACAUGGCUAAACAUUCGAUUUAUGCCAGAUUAAUAUUUUUUUCUGAGUUUAAAUCAUUUAGUUAAAUCUUCGUUCUACAGUUGGUUUCUCUUAUAACUGUCCCAAUUACUUCAGGGUUACAAACCUGGAAACAAGAAGCAUGUGUGUCUAGAAAGUGAAGAAUGUUUCCUAAAUAAACAUAACCUAGUAAAAUGUACACUCAUGUCUUUUUUGACUCAUGCAGUAUGAAUGUCACCACAAUCUAGGAAUCUGCAGCACACCUUUAGUAUCAUACUGUGUAAGAACAUACGCAGUUUGUAUUCAGUCAGUUCUUUGCCAAUUUAAUAUUGACUAAGACUGGGUGUUGUCUUAUGGUAGCCAACAGGUUGUUAAAAUGUUCUUUUACCUCACUCAAUGGCCUGAUGUCUUUUUCAUUUUCACUAAUUAUUAACUGUUUUUUAUUUGAGUGGCAGCCCAGAACACAGUAUUAAAACAUUUAACUGAUGAUUGUAACAGAAGGGAAAUGUGGUCAUCAAUAAAAGGGUCAUUUUUUUCUUUAUCGCUCUCACAGGAAGAACACUUCACCAGAAAAACAUUUUUGCACAAUCGCUGAGUUAAAUGACUCAUGCUUCACUUAUGUCCUCUCAGGUCACACUUAAGUUUAUACUUCUGAUGCCUUUUCUUCAAUACUUUCCCUUAACCCCAACCCUUCUCCCUUUUUAAUCACAGUUUUGACCCUGAUCCCCUGAAACGCCACACUUUCUGGACCAUAGUCAUCGGCGGCAGCAUAAUGUGGACGUCUAUCUACUCUAUCAACCAGUCCCAGGUGCAGAGAUACAUCUCUUGCAAAACUUUGGGACACGCCAAGAUGUAAGUGUUUCUGCAUAGCAAUACAGACAGUAAUCAAAGGCUGUGAGGGACGGUUCAUGUCCUGACAGGUCUUCUUUCACCUCUCAGGUCUUUGUAUGUCAACAUGGUCGGCCUGUGGGUGACUGUGAGUCUGGCCGUGUUUUCUGGCCUCACAAUGUACUCCAUUUACAAGAACUGUGACCCGCUUACAAACGGUGACGUGACCACCUCAGACCAGGUAACUUCAGCUGCAAUUCUCUCUUUACUUGCAUCAGACGGAUGAUGUGCAAAAAACCGGUUAUGUAACUUUUGAUGACAGUCAGAAGUUAAUUCGGUAAAUAUUUGUGCACCAGCUUCUGCCUUACCUGGUGAUGGAUAUUCUGGCAGUCUUCCCUGGAAUCCCUGGCUUGUUUGUGGCAGCUGCAUACAGCGGUACCCUGAGGUGAGGCCUGGAACAACUGAGGAAAAAUAGUUUGAAAAUGUUAUUGACAUUUUAUCUCUUCACUCUGGGAGAUAAGAUGCAGUGAUAAGGAAAGGAUUAGCAGGAAAUACCUGUGCAAUUCUUCCUCAGAAAAGUCCACUUCACUGCUGCACUGAUGUCCAAAUAAACUGUUGUUGCAUUCAUAUUUUUAUAGUGACCACAAUAUUUUUUAUUUGUGCACAUGACAAGGGACGCCUAGAUCUGCAUGCAGCCUGAGAUCAGUCUAAUCUAAAAUGAACCUAAAAUUUUAGUCUCUGUUCUUUUAAAUGUCUUAAAGUCCACUGUUUCAUUCUUUUCAGCACGGUGUCCUCCAGCAUUAACGCCCUGGUUGCUGUCACCGUGGAGGACUUUAUUCUUCCUGUGUGCAAAAACCUCACACAGAAACAGACGACCUGGAUGAACAUGGGCCUGAGUGAGUCGUGUGAAAGUGUUUGUAUAGUCAUCACAGAGGUCUGAAGAUAAGAAGGUUAAAGGCCGCUGACUACUGCUGUCGCAAAGAGAGUUACUUCUGUUCAAAACUUUCUUAAGAACAAUCUUGUUAAACUCUUUUUUGACAUUUGUGGAGAAAAAGGCUAAAGGUGUUUGUUGACAGUGCAUCUGAUUAUGAAUACCAGUUGUCAGUUUCUUGAAUGACUCUCAUUCCUCUCUACAAACAUCAGUCAUCACAGUUAUCUUCUUAUCUUACAGAGUUCUAUUAUUUCUUUCGGUUUAACUGCACAAGCUAAGACAUGAUAGCUUUGACAGGGAGCAUUUCAUUAAUACAGUGGAUAGAUUAAACAUGCCAAUGAUUGCAUAAGAAUUAAAAAGAAGCAGAGGAAAAAAAAAAACAGGUUGGAGCACAGACAGGAGCUUCUUUGACCUUCUCCUCCAGGAUAAAGGGCGUGACUCUAUUAUCUCUGGAAAUAAGAACCGCAGAUACAGUUUACCUUUUCUUUAACCUCGUUCUGACAUGAAUCAAAGGUGUGAUUCUGCAGGCUGCAAAUGAUUUUAAAGCUUACAUUUAAAAAAGUGAAACAAAGACAAUUUUUACACAUUUUUCCAACAUUCAAAUCUGACGGUACGAAGAAAAGAAACUUAGAAGGGACGGGUCCAAGAAUUGCUUAUAAAAAAUAUCAGAGCAGAAUCCACUAAUUUUGACUUUUUGUGGAUCUUGUGCCAACUGUGAAUGUGACCGAGCCCCAGACAAAGGCUGGCGGUCCAAGUUUGGGUAACUGCCAUCAGUAAAACAGACUCGGUAGAAAUAACUUUACUUCGUUAACCUUGGAUGAUCCUUUUAUAUCUUUAAAUGUCUGGAUCCUCUUGCACCGAGGCUGCUAUCUCGCACCUCCAUGUUUCUAUGUUAACACAGAGUGGACAAACUAGGGUAUGCAGUUUUGUAUUUGCAAAAUGCGCCAGUUACAGGAUGAAGAGGAAGACAGUGUCUGUGCUCCAAAAAACUAUGAGUCAUCUGUUUUUUUAUAACACAAACUUGGCGAGUAGAGAAUCAUAUUCAUUCUCUGUUACAAGAACAUCUUGGUCUGAAAAGGCCAGUUACUUCACCAACAGGAGGGAGCAUUUUAAUCUAAAACUGGACCUCUCACUAUUGUGUUAUACUCUCAUUUCUACACACUUGAGCUCUAACAACAUGUAUAUAUUGUACCUGUAUUUAUACUUUAGACCUGUAUGCAUCUAAGAGUAAUAAUAAUGAUAGUGACUUAGUAAGUUUGGGUCACACUGACACUGUAGUAACAGCUUUUGCAAUGGUCCAAUGGUGCUUAUUGAACAAAUUAUAAAGAUGACUAUAUAACCUUUGAUGCAACAAUCGAACUCGAUUCCCAAUAAGAUAUAUCAAACCCUUUCUGUGUUAUUUUUUAACACCCUGCAAACUCUUUCGAUAGGCAUUUGCCUCUUUGGGAAAUAUAUGAACAUAUUAGUAAUUUGCAGCAAACAUUUUUCAUGAAAUGACAAUGCUCUUGUAGCCUUGAAUAAACAAACACAGAACAUGUAAAUCUACACUCCUCACUUUAACAUCAUCAUUUUGACAUCUCCAGGUGUUUUCUUCGGUGCGCUUUGUAUCGGGAUGGCUGGAGUUGCUUCUUUGAUGGGAAGCAUUUUACAGGUAACACCAUUUACCAACAAGCUGCAGUCAUUUCUUACUCAACAGCACCACCUAAAGCUCAACACAAGGAACUACAAGCCCCCUCAUGGUCUCCGCUCUUUUUAGGCAGCCCUGUCUAUAUUUGGCAUGAUCAGUGGGCCCCUUCUCGGUCUCUACCUAUUAGGCAUGCUUUUCCGCACAACAAAUUCAGUGGUGAGUAUUUCCUGUUACCGGAACAUUCAGCAACAGUCCUGCUGCAACUUCUUACAACACAAACUGAUGGACAAACAAGUGUGACAAAACCAGGAAGUAUUUCAAUCCUGUGAUGUUUGCUUUGCAGGGAGGACUUGUGGGAAUGAUUAUUGGUCUGGUUUUGACUCUGUGGGUGGGGAUUGGAGGCCAGAUUUACCCACCAACCACUGACAAGACCUUACCCCUGCCCCUUACCACUGUAGGCUGCAACUACACAACAGGUCAAAGCACAACGAUUCCUCCAUGGCUCAGUCCAGCACCAACACAGCCAGAGUGAGUCACUACAUAAAGAUCCAUACGCUGUAACCAAAACACAUAUUAUGAUCACCGUGAGCGGGAGAGAAGCAAAUAAGUUUUAUCAUUUGGAAAUGUAGAAUAAAAACAGAAAAUUGACUUAAACUUAAGAGAGCAAAUCUGCAGCAAACACUGUACUUUUUUUCUGUUUUAUGACAUUGUAAACUAAAUGACGGGUCAAAGUCGCUUCACAAAGAUGUAUUUGGACAUUUUGUGGGUUGAACAGGUAGCUGAGCAUGAAAGAGAGAACUUUAGAUGAACUAAUGAUGUCCUUUGUAUGUCAGUGUCAGACCAGCCUUGGCAGACUCCUGGUAUUCUUUGUCCUACGUCUACCUCUCUCUUCUGGGCAUGCUGACUACAAUGGCAUCUGGCCUGGUGGUGAGCAUGAUCACAGGUGAGAGUGAGACAUUAUUUUACCUGAUACCUGCAUGGUCCAUGUGUUCAAAACUAUAAUAUCAGUCCGUCAUAAAAGGAUUACAUUAAGGAGCGUUUUGUUUUUCUUAUCAGGUGGAUGCAAACAAGAGAAGAUGAACCCUGAUCUGUUUGUGAAGAAGAGUGACCUGAUCUGCUUCAGCUGGUUCAGUAAACCAGAGGUAAAUAAAAAAACAAAAACAUCACAAGGAAGUAUCACUAGCUAAACUUUUUGCUAUGUUAUUAAUUCUUUUGCCGUUUCCUCGACUCCUUACAGGAAUCGGAGGUCCAAGAAAAGAAUGCCACAGACUUCUACAUGGGUGCUGACAAUCUGGGGGUCAAAGACUCAGAGCUGAUGAAUUCAGACGUUGAAAAAUCCACCAGACUCUAAUGCUGCUAUAGUAUAAGAUAACCCCCCUCCCCCAUUUCAUUCAUGGAGACUGUUAAAUUGUAUAUGCACAUAUAUAACAUCACUCUUGUUUUGCUGCUACUUCAACAAUGUUUUUUUUUUAUCUCGGUUUUAUCAUCAUGUAGAAUAUUUUUGAUGAUUUCUUACAAAAACAGCACAUAGGGAUAAUUCCUCACACUAGUGGAACUAAAGUUCACAAGAUUUUAAUUUUAGUUUCUAGUUUUUCCUCGUGACCUGAUGAUGUUGUUGAGAACACAGAAGAAACAAAAACAUGUAAUGACAACAUACUGCAUCAUGUCUUAGACAACAACAGCUGCUGUAAUGCUCCAAAUGAACAAUAGGGAAAAGUCAUACAACAUAAACACAAAGGCCUCAUGCUCCUUUGCUCUAUACUGUUUGAACCGCUCCCAUUUCCUGCUCAGCAGCUCUUACGUGGUCCAACAGCUUCACUUUGAUUACCCUUUGUUCCAUUGUUCUUCCUCAUAGUGACUGCUAGCUCUCUCUUCUCCACCUGAACACUGUCGUCCUCCGCCUCAUGCUCACACAGCAGAAGAGUUUAUUAUUUUACCAUAGGUACGACUGCGUUAUUGUUUUAAAGGAACAAAGACCAAUUGUUUUGUCAUGUUUGUGUAUGACUUGAUUAUUUUUCUAUGGAAAUUGUGCACCCUUUAUUUACUACCUGUAUAAAUUGCUCACAAAUUCCACGUGUUAAUAAAUGUUUUGUACAAA